UCCGUAGAAUGCGUCAUUACGCACGAAACUGAAAGUUCCGGCAGUGCAGUGGCAGGACUGCGAGAACUGGAGAAAUGGAGAUCUGGCAAAGUUUACCUCUGGACUGUCUGAUUAGUAUUUUCUCACUUCUUCAUGAUGAAGAUUUAAUCAGAGCAUCCACAGUUUGUAAGGAAUGGUAUCAUGCUGCAGAGACGCCAUGGCUUUGGAGGAGAAUGUGUCUGCAGAGAUGGAGUUUCUGCAAUGUUUCUCAGCUGCUCUCGGACGCGGGAACACACUCGUGGAAGGCUUAUUACCUGCGCCGCUCUCACCUGGAGAUGAAGAUGAAAACAGGCAGGUCCUGUGCAGACUACACAUGCAAAAGCCUGCGAGGCCAUAAAGGCAAGAUUGUUGGUUUUACAUACCUGGUAGGAAACGACGGCUGCUCAGACGUGUGGAAGCAGACACCAGUGGUGUGCAGUGCAUCUACAGACGGCACAGUCAAAGCAUGGGACAUUCACAAGGGUGUUAAUUUAUGGUCCAGCCCUGCUCAGAGCCCCAUGCAGGACAUCACAGUUGAUCCGCUGCAGGCCGUUGUUAUCACUUCUGAUAACACGGGAACAAUCAAAACCUGGCAGGGUGCGACUGGAGAGGAGGUGGGCUGCUUCCAGUCAGGAUACUCGAAGACCACGCUGCUGUCAUUCAACAACAGAGACAGCUCUUUCCUCGUGGUGGGAAGUGUUCUAGGGUCUCUGGUGGUCUUGACUUGCCCUGCGCUGUCUGAAGUCUCCAGGCACGUGGUGUGCGACUCCUUCAGUUUAAACCUCCUCCGCUCAUCACCAGAUCAAAAAUGGAUAUUCACUGCCUCCAAAGAAAAUGUUGACUUGAGCCCGAAGGUUUUCUACAGUGACAGUGUGUGUUUCCCUGCUGAAAAUGAGGACAGUCUGUAUCACAGUCUGCCAGUCACUGGCUGUUGUGCUGCUUUGUUUCUGCCGUCUCAACCCUCACGGCUCGCAGUCAUCCAUUCUGAUGGCCGCUUCAACAACAACACACUCUCAGUCUUUGACCUUACCAUGAAGGAGUCCAAAUACAAAAAGGAGACACAAGCUCAGCAAGUCGCCUCUUUUCAGGUGGCACUAAGCCAUCGUUCGGACGUCAUUCUGGAGGCGAGAGGAAGCAGCACUCUUCUAGUUACAGACGGAAACCAUCUGAAGGUCUACACAUUUAAAGGAGAACUUGUUGCUAGUUUUGAAGACCAUUUACAGCCAAUCACUGCUCUUUGUGUGGACAGUUUUAGGGUGGUGACAGCAUCUCGUGACCUGUCCCUCAGAAUACUGACCUGGAGAAACGAUCCAGAACAUGGACUUGCACUUGAAAGCCAAUAUCAUUUGCUCGGAGGCUCCUUCACAAGAUCCAGAGGAUUCACCAACGUUGCCUGUGAUUAUUCGACUAUUGUGGGCUCUGUGGAGUCUGUGGAUGGGAACGAUGUUCUGAAGGCUUAUACCUUUGAUUUCUGACCUCAAAACCACCAGAUGUAUUGAGAUCUUUUGUACUUACUGACUAGGGCUGCUUUUCCCAAAAACAUCGUAAGCCCCUGAGUAGAUCGUAGAUCCAUUGCCACCAAUGGUCUCUACAAUCAACUUAGCUUACGAUGCUUUUGAUAAACACAACCGAGAUCCAUGUAUAGCAUGAGAUGCUCUUAGAAUAAUGAGACAAUUAAAAAUGGUUUUGGAUAUCAAAAAGGUUACAGGGAAUUGUGGGAUUGUUUGCAUAAAAUAUAUAACUAUAAUAUGACUAACUUUUCCUCUUUGCAAUAAAGCUAAUCUCAAAAGA